ACAAAAUGUUAAUAACUUAAUCCUUAUAGAUUCUAUUAGAUUGAACAUAACUUAUCAUACACAUGAUGAACAUAUGUGUUUGUCAAGUUCCGUUCAAUCUAAUAGAAUCUAUAAGGAUUAAGUUAUUAACAUUUUGUUAAUAACUUUGGUGUAAACUCAGCUUAAAAGUAUUUCUUUUUGUUUACUAUUCAUGUUCUUGUGUUUUUUUACCACAUUACACAACUCCCCAUAAAUUAAUACUUUAUAAACUUAAAAAAAAUGUUAUGAUUUGAAAUUGAGUCAACAACCUCUUUCUCAAUCUACUUUUCAUUUUCAACUUUCUUUGUUCACCAGUUUUGUAAAUAAGAUGAUAUUUUAAACAGACCUGUUUUGAUUAAAAUUAAAAUUUGACUUUUUUCUUGAAAAAAGCCAUCCUAUUACAUACGGUACGGUCCCUUAUGCUCUCAUAAUCUAAAUUUUCCAAUUUAAAAUAAUUUUUUUCUCAUUCUGAUCUAGGCAACUAUGUAUGAUUGACCUAAGUAAAAAGAAUAUUGAAUAUAUGAAAAAUCUUUCUUGGAAACUUUAACUUGACUAUGCAUAACCUUAAUUAGUUAAAGUUAGUAUUAUUAUUUAUAUUGAUAUAUAAAAUAGAGUGGGCAUUUCUUUAAAAAUACCUGCUGCGUCCGUUCUUUAUCAUUGUAAUGAUAAUGACAAAGAGAAUGUCAUUAUAAUUAUAUCUUCUUUUGUGUAAAAGUUACAUAAUUAUGGAUCUUAUUUUUUAUCCAGUCUAUUGUAAUUAAAAUCAGUAACUACACACAGCCUAUUCUACUAGGCUUAGUUCUUAUAUUAAUAAUCUGAUGUACGGUAUACACUGAAUAUACUCAUUAUUUUUUACCAAACUGGCUUGAAAAAGAUUUUCUUUCACUUGAGUGCAGUUUGACAAUAAUUUAUAGUUUCCCUUGAGUCUAGAUAGUUCAGGGGUGAAUUAUAUUUUUGACUUUGGCCUGUUGCAAGAUCUUCUCUGCUGCUUGGAAUGUCCCUUCAAAGUAUUUACAGGAAAAGCAUUUAUGAAAAAAGCAUUAAAAGUUUCCUCAUAACCUUAUUAUCUUGGAGCUGACUUAUACAGUCCACUUCAGAUACUGACUCUCUGAAGCGAGGGAGGGAGGGAGCUUUCGUUUGUAUCGUUGCUAAGCAACGCAAUUGUAUGGAUAACGAAAGAACGACAUGGAAAACAAAUUAUUUUUCAUAAAAUGAAACACAUUAAAAUUGUGAGGACUUACCAACGAAUUUUUAAGUGAUUCAACAUGCCUCAAGGUCGAAAAAAUGUGAAAAAAUCGCAAAGAAGGGCCUCCACCACAGCUGACUCAUCCACUGAAGAUGGACGAUCAUCCGUUUCCCAACCCAGACGCGGAAAACGCGUACAAAUCACUGAGCUAUCAGAAGAUACUGGCGAGAAGGAAAUAUCAGAAGAAUUCUCUGCUGUUCAAGAUAUGGACGCUGCCGCUGAAACGUCUGAAAUGGCUCUGAGUGAGGCGGAGGGAGGCCUGGAAGGUGAUGAGGGUCACGAAAAGGGCACCAGGCGAGUCGAGGAUGUUGUCAUGGUUAUACUCAAUGAAACUACGCAAAAGCUGCUAAAUUGUGUCAUAGGAGAACAUCUUUUUGUCGACAAGACUUGGUGUAAUGUACCAAAGACAGUUGUUAUUGAAGACUUGACUAAUCUGAAAGAGGAAUCAUCAUUUUUCCCCUUUGCCAAAGAUAUAGAGGCCUACAGCGAAGAAGAGUUCUUGAUUGGCUACACGCCUUUCGAGGAGGUGGAGAACCGUUUUCUGUUCUGCGUUACCGUUCAAGGAAAGAUGACUAUUUUAGAUAGAUUGUUCAACCUUCGUUCAUCGUACAUGCAACGCAUCACCAAGCUGAAGAGUGUUAGACCAGGAGUGUGGCAGUCGCAGGGCAGUGAAAAGGAAGUGGAAGCUGCAAACGUUCAUUAUGAAAGACCAUUGUUGAGCUUUGAAUGGCUGACGAAAUUGUCUCUAAGAAACACAGGUCAGCCAACAUUCAGUGACAAGGUUGCCGGGGUUGAUAAGUCAACUGUGGUCCACUGUCUGCCCACUUCAAAGGGACUCCAGGAUAUGAAACUUAUCGUUCGGAAAAGUCAAGAUGUGGCUGUUCAGGCUGUAAAACCAACUUCCAGGAAAUGUGUUCAAACAAUACCUCAAAUUCCAACCAAUGUUGCGGUGCAGUGUGUUUCUCAGACUGACAUCACGGAAGAGGCGAAAAAACAUGCUCCUGCCAUAACCGAUGAUCAGCUCAACACUUUUUUCGACAAAUAUCAAGAAUAUCUGCUGAAAGCAUUGCGCUACAAUGAGCUGUAUGACCUCUACCAUGAUGACUAUCCAACUCUGUCGAAGAUGGGCACAAAGUUCCAGCCAGCGCCCAUUGAUGUCUACAAGCAGUAUCAGUCAUUCACUGAUGUCGGCGCUAUAGAGGGCAAACUCAUUGUCAGUGUCUCUUGGAGCACCAAAUAUACAGGAGUGUUUGCAGUUGCCUAUGCUGAUGAGGUUCCAUGCAAAUGGAAUGUGGUGGAAUCGGAUAGUGACGACACGGAUUAUGACGAUGAGAAGUCGGAUAAUUUGGAAGCAACAAAAGGGGCCACAAAGGGGGCGACCAAGGGUGAAGAGGGUAGUGGUGACGGACAGGGGGUGGAGGAAGAGGCGGCCUGGAAGAAUGAGCGACAGGAUCUACAGGAUAUGUCUGCCUACAGCAAAUCUCAGGCCAAACUACAGCAACUUGAACUCGCUCGGCGUAGUUUUCGUGUCAGUGAAGCUGGAAAAGAUUUGAAAUUAAGAGAAUCUGGAUCAAAACUUGCUUUACCAAGAGGCACCCUCACUGGAGGAAGUGAUGGUGGAAAAUCAUCGUCUUUUGGAUUGCGUAAAAUUCGUUCAAAAGAACUCUUCAACCCCAACGUUCAAAUUGAUAGAAUGGAUGAUUAUGCAAUUAACCUGUCCAGUAAGAAAAUAAAAAAAGAAAUUUUUCAAAAGUACAAGCAGGAUCGGCGAGGAAGGAACAUAAAAGUGGUGAUUGAAGACGAGGAUUCGAGCAAGAAAGAAGUGAAGAAGAAGAAUGGGAUUGGUGAAAAGCAGAGCACGCUGCGUGAAACGCCGAGUUUGACAGCGAUCUGGGGUCCUGAGGAAAGCUGGGAGUACGGAAUGAGUUUGCGUGAAGCCGUUCGUCGUCUACAUAGACAUCACAAGAAGGUCCGGAAACAAAUUCACCGGAGAAUAAGACCAAUGUUCACACCUAUUCAGUGGCCCGAAACGGCUUUGUCACCGAAUCAGAAGAUAAAAGAGGAAGUGACAGAAACGUCUUCAGGAAGUGAUGAUGAGUCAUGUCCAGUAUCACAAUCAAGGAGGGAUCGUGAAAAAAUGACGUUCCAGUCUCGGAAACUAGUUGAAGAAUAUGAGGAAGUUAUCGAUGAAAAGGAAAUGAAAGAGGAAGCAGAAGUUCUUCCAAUGCUUGUUCCCAAUAAUCCAGUUCUCAUUUGGAGCUUCACAGAUGACUUGGCACCCAAGUUGCGUUUGGACUGUCCGUACGAGUUGUCGUGCAUUCAGUUUUGCCCUCAGAAUGGAAAUAUCCUGGCAGGCGCGACCGCCAGCGGCCAGGUGGUCAUCUGGGACAUCACUGGUCGAUUGGAAGCCAUUGAAAAUGCCGACAACGAGCAUACUGAAGAGAGUAAACAUCGCAAACGCCUCGAAGACUUAAUGGACUGGACGAAAGAUAUCAGAACCAAGAGAAGGGUGAAUGUAACUGCUAUUUCAAGCGGCUCUUUCUCCCACAGGGAACGUUGCACAGACCUGAAAUGGAUUCAUCCUUGCAUUGAGAUCAACAAUCUGGGACAUGGGGAGCCUGUAGCUCCUGGGAAUUUCUCUUAUCAAUUCGUCACAACAAGUCUUUGUGGCACAAUACUUUUCUGGGAUCUAAAAUCAGAUCCAAUUGUCAAAGCGAAGUCCAAAAACGUAAAACCUCAUCAGAAGAUAUUCUCGCAGUUAUAUAAUCCUUAUCCAGAGUCGCCGUUUGCUCCCUUGAACAAUGCUUGGAAACCAUUUCUGAAGAUAAAACUUCCUGAGUCGGCUGGUAGUUCAGAAAUCCUUACAGGAUUAGCUGUCGAUCAGCCUCCAACCAAAUAUGAUUUGAAAAAUCAAUUCAACCACCAAGGACCACAAUACAUGGAGGAUAGAUGUGAAUAUGGUCUUGUGCAUACACCAAUUCUUGGCUAUUCAAGUCAGAUCAACGUUGGAACACGCUGUGGUGACGUUGGCAUAAUAGAGCUGACGGGAGUGAAGCCAGGAACUAAUGAACUGGAAUUCAUCCAGAAAUGGUAUGAUCUAGCUCAUGAUGGACCAGUUACGGGAGUUUUUCUUCAUCCAUUUUUCCCUCAACUGACUAUCACAGCAGGAGGACAUAUCUUCGCUCUAUGGCAUAGCAAGUUUGAGGAUUAUCCAAUAAUGUGGCGUCGCUAUAGAAAGGUGCGCGUUACCGCAUGUCUUUGGUCUACGCUGCGACCUUCGCUGUUCCGAAUCGCGCGUGAAGAUGGUUCAGUCGAGAUCUGGGAUUUGCUCCGUCAGAGCAACCAAUGUCAGCGCGAUAUUAUCGUCUCCGGCCAAAUUUUGACAACCAUUGCUGGUGGUCCUUUGCCGUUGCCCAGAGGACUCCUUGGAAUUGCUGAUUACAAUAGUACUAUGAGAAUGUUCUACAUCCCCUGGCAAUACCAAGUAUGGACUGAAGAUGAGAGACUGCAAAUGGAAGUGAUGAUCGAUAAAGAGCCAGAACGAUUGCGAAGGAUGCACGAAUGGCGGAAGUGGUUCAGCGAAACACAAGUCACCAAAGCAAAUGCCGAGGAGAAGCAUGAUGAACUCGAUGAAAUACAAGAGAGUGAGGAUGUGGAAACCUCGCGUCAAGAGGAAGUUCGUAGAAAAUACAACGAAGAAGUGUAUAAAUGGUACAUGAAACGGAGAGGAAAGUAUGUGACAAAAUUCGAAAUGGAAGCCAAGGAGAGGCUUGAAUUACGGGAGAGAGCUCACAUGCUUAAUACUGUUAUGACAAGGAAGAAAGUAGACAGACAAAGGAUGGAGAAGCUGAUGCAUCCUCUAGUGAAAAUGGAACGCCAAGAAAUGGAGAGAGAGGAAAAAGCUCAGCGUCGUUUGAAGGAGGCCGACGCUCUUUUCAAAGCAGCUGUUCAGAAGCUGUUUCCUUCUUCUUCCGAGGUUGAUGGAUGCUUAGAAUCACUAAACUUAGAAGAUGAUCUGGCUGAUGUCACAUUAGAACUGGAAUCAUUAUUUGGAGAUAAUUCAGAACAACUGCAAAAGCAAAAAGUUGAUGAACUUUCACAAUGGAAUUGGGAAUGGGAUAUUUACACUGACGAUUUCUUUGAAACACAUCGGUCCCUGCGAGAACUCAUCAGCACAAAUCCACUUGGCCUGAGAAAAUACAAAUGGCUGAAACAAAAGCUACUAAAGCAGCUGGUGGAGGAAGGCCAUCCGAUUCUGAUUUCGAAAACUCGAAUGGAAAACUAUCUAGAUUGGAAAUACAAACAGCGCGAGGAGAAUAUCGACAAGCUGAAGCAGAUCUACGGUCCGAAUUACGAUGUAUUCUGGGAUCGUGACGUCACAUGCCGUCGUUUACAGGAUAGGAAGGAAAUGCUCACAGGAAUAAAAGAGGACAAAACGAUGGAAGCGGAAAUAUCUGGAGAAGAGCGUCGCUCGUCGGCUCUGGAGUUCAUGAUGGAUGAGAUAGAUGCGGUCGAAAUGAAAAGACAAAAAUCGACUGAAUCAGACGGUGAACCAAUCAAGAGUGUUCUGGAGAAAAUGUCAGCCAUGACCGUAGACGAAUCUAUCGAUGAACUUGAUCUUGAUGAACAGGUUCUGUUGAUGACGCGGCAGAGCGGCCUGCUACCUAGCGUGCCUUCGCCGACCGGCCUGAGUUGGCUGUCGCUGGACAUGCAGGAGGACCAGGCGUCAGUCGAGUUUGACUUCAAACCGGAGCUCGACUCAACGCCGCACACGUUCGUGUCGCAACAAGCGAAGACCGUCAAGCAGCAGAAGAUCGUUCAGCAGUCGGUGGCCAUCGAAAUGCAGACGGAUGACGAAUCAGAUGAGGAAGAAGACGAUGAUGAUAAUGAGGCUGAACAGUUGGAAGCUAGGCAGUUAUCUGGUGAAGAGCAUCACAGCACCACUAACGAACUCUCUGAAGAAGAGACCGCUGUGGUGAAAGACAUGUUCACGAAAUCGGAUGUCAGUGGUGAGGAUCAAACUCUGUCUCAAAUUGAUUGAUAUGACGAUGAUAAAUGAGUCUGAACAGUUGGAACCGAGGUAGUUAUCUAGAGACAAUUGUUUUUCGAAGUUAUUUAGAGACAACUAAUUUCGAAGAGCAUCACAGCACCACUAACGAACUCUCUAAAGGAGAGAAUGGUGUGGUGAAAGACAUGUUCACGGAAUCGGAUGUCAGUGGUGCAGAUCAGACUUUGUCUCAAAUUGACUGACCACUGAAUUCAAUUGUUAUGAUAAUAAUUAGUUCUUCAUAAUAAUCGAAUGAUGAUAAACUCUAGUUUAAACUACUUUGGUAAGAUUUUUUGUUUUAUUAUUAGAUGUUUCCUCGUUUUUCAAAUUGAUUGAUCACUGAAUUCAAUCGUUAUGAUAAUAUUUAGUUCUUCAUAAUAAACGAAUGAUGAUUGAAGGUAAAGAUCAGACUUUGUCUCAAAUUGACUGACCACUGAAUUCAAUCGUUAUGAUAAUAUUUAGUUCUUCGUUAUAAUCGAAUGAUGAUUAACUAGUAUAAACUACUUUGAGAAGACUUCUUUGUUUUAUUUCUAAAUGUUUAUUUUAAUUCCAAAUUGAUUGAUCACUGAAUUCAAUCGUUAUGAUAAUAUUUUAGUUCUUCAUAAUAAACGAACUAUGAUUAACUAGUAUAAACUACUUCGAGAAGACUUCUUUGUUUUAUUACUAAAUGUUUUUUUUUAAUUUGAAAUUGAUUGAUCACUGAAUUCAAUCGUUAUGAUAAUAUUUAGUUCUUCAUA